UGACUCAGUGAGCAGCAGAGCAUCGCUAUGAAUCAGUCCCUUCCUCCCUCCUCUCCGCUCAUGUGAAGGAGGAUGCUGCUAGGUGCCUUUCACCGCACAAAACCAAUGUCCCUAUGCUGGGAAACAGGGAGCCAAGGCGUGGACGAUGAAAAAGAAAAUUAAACGGCUUCAAGGAAGGAUGUAGAGGCAGCUUCUGUAAAUAUGUAAUCGCGCGCAGGGGUAGCGAGUCGAGGACGGUAGCGGUGUGAAUUCGCAGCUUGCAGCAUGAUGAUAUAUCUGUAGCGACCAUUAUUGCAAAAAAAAUAUGGGCUCUCAAGUUGUGCAAACGCUACGCCAAGGAGUCUGGGCUUCACUGACCGGAGGAUGGUAUCAUGAUCCAGAGCAGAAUAAAUUCAACAAUUCAUGUCACCUGUAUUUAUGGAUGUUUUUGCUCAUGCUUCCAUUAUCUCUUCAUUUGGCUCUUCCACCCACCACUACUACCCUCAGUAUUUACUGCACCUCGGUGACAGUUUUCUUCAUUGUCAUUAAGAUGGUAAAUUAUCGCCUCCAUCUGAUGUUCGAUCAGGGCGACAUUGUAGCCCAGAAUAGUGUGCCUGACAUCAGCAAAGGUGUAGACAAGAAAAGCAACGCAUCUGAUUCCUGUCUUCCAUCUUUAAGGAAGAGCAGCACAGUUCCUGACAGUGUUGCCACAUCAGUAUUGACCAAAAACAGACUAAGUCCAGUAAUACAAGUCACAGUGAAACAGACUGAAACAGACCCUGGACUAAUUGGAGAGUGUCCAAAAUCUGAGGAGCUGAAGAAUAUAGAGGGUCAGAGUGAUGAACGAUCUAGGCCAGAGGCAGAGGAGCGACUCACCCCUGAGGAUGUGUUCAGUCCCAAUACUGACCAGUCUGCCCCACUCCUGCAGGGAGAGCAGAUUCCUUCAGCCCACAGGGACAAAGCUGAGGAUGAUCUUCCACUUUCCUCUGUGAAUGAAGAAGACAGUAUAGAGGAGAAAGACAAACCCCCAACUGACCCCAACAACAAUAAUACCUCUCUAGAAAUCACACGAGAAGCCGAUGAUGGAGAAACACCCGAGGAGAAUUAUUGCUCCGAUGAAAUUGCUGUGGUGCUGGUUGACAACUCGAGUCCCUCAGCCCACCUGGACGAGAGUGAUAUGGUGAAGAUCAUUAUCACAAUGAGCUGUGACCCACAGACAGCAGCCGAACUGGAGGAGUCCGUCAAACAGAGCAUCUUAGAGUCAGCUCAGUCCCAGCAGGGAGAAUCCGACUGUCCUGUUAAAAUUCCUGUCAUCACUUUCGAUUCGCCUCACGAAGUGGAGGAACCCUCUGCAGGUGAUGAAAAAGAAGAUAAACUGGUUGCAGGAGACAGCUCAGUUCAGGAAAAGUCUGAGCAUCAAGACAGUCUUCUUGCCAAAGAGCCGAUCAGUUCUGACUCUGCUCAAGAAUGCAAAGAAAUAGAGAGCAUUGAGCUUGAGAUGCCGAACCUGAGCCCCCAAGUGACCAAUAACAGCUCUUCAGGCAUUGAUGUGAAUUCCCACACUGAAGAAAAUGACCCACCUGAGCUUAAAGUGGAUGCUGAUGGAUUCUUGCAGAUCCCCUCAGUGUAUAUGAGGUGCACUCAGAGUGGAAGAACACAUGCUAGGGGACUCAGUAUUGACAGUGGACGAGAUGCUGUCCUUAUUAGCCACAGAGCUAAAGAUAAGCUCGGUACAAUGACCUCCUCUAAAUCAGACCUAGAAGCCAAGGAGGGACAGAUACCCAAUGAGUCCAACUUUGUUGAGUUUGUGUCUUUGCUGGAGUCAAUCAAUAGCACCAGAUUUGGGGGAGGAAAUGAGGCUGAGAAGGAGAAUGAAGACAGAAAUGAGCAAAGUAUGAUGGCGGAGAAGAACUCAGAUGUGUCAGAAUCCACAGGACAACAAAAAGAGCAUCCAAAUCCCCCAAACAGUCUGGCUACGGACACGAUGAAAACCAUUCCAGAAACUCUCAUUCCUAUUGUCUCUCCAGAGAGUCCACAGACAGAUAAGGAGAGGGACCCUGAUUAUGAUUCUCUGCCCUCACAAACGUCCCAGUCAGAGAGCUCUAUGCUUCAGGUCAUCUGUAGACCGGAGGCUACAUCCAAAGAGGAGGUUUACACUUUUCACACUGUUCACAGAGAGAGACCUCGGAAACUGUACAAUGAAAGAGCUCUAAACUUACCCCUUGGUGCCGAGCUCAUCACAGGCAACAUGUGUGAUCUCCUGUCCACAUCCUCUAACUCCGAGUGCCAGGACGGGUUAGUGGGAGGUCCUUCUGAAUGCCCCUUCCAGCGACGUAUCCUUCCAACUCGCCGACUCCGGCCCAGGAGAACCCAUCCGGAAAUCUUCCAGGAGGAGGACUCCUUAGAUGAAUCAUCUGAGACAUCAACCCAAGAGAAACCUUCAAGAAAGCUGUACUACAAACUAAAGGUUUUUCCUGGGAAAUGGGUGAACAUAUUGUACGAUCGCUUAACCUUGAUGGCAUUGUUAGACAGAAAUAAGGAUAAGACUGAAAACAUGGUGGCUGUAUUCUUAGCUUUCUUGGUGGCUUUUCUGGGGUUUGUGCUUCUAAAUGAGGGUUGCUUCAAAGACAUCUGGGUCUUUCAGUUCUGCCUGGUCAUUGCUAGCUGUCAGUAUUCCUUGCUGAAGAGUGUUCAGCCAGAUGCGGCUUCACCUACACAUGGCCAUAAUCAAAUUGUCAUCUACAGUCGUGCUGCAUUUUUCUGUAUGUUCUGUGGCCUUAUUUGGAUUUUGGAAAUAUUGUUGCGAACACCAGACCUCCCUGUGUCCACCAUCUAUGGCAUCACAAUAGUAACAUCAGACGCCCUUCAGUAUCUGCAAGACAUUUUAGUCGGGUUUACAUACUGCUUUCCAGUAACAUUCCUUCUUGGCCUCUUUCCACAAAUCAACACUUUUGUUAUAUACUUUUUAGAACAAAUUGACAUGCACUUUUUUGGAGGGACAGCUGCAACUGGGCUCCCAUCUGCUGUGUACUGCAUAGUACGAAGUCUUAUAGCGCUAUCUUUACUCUACGGAUUCUGUCUUGGCGCUUUGAAGGAGCCUUGGGAUGAACAGCAUAUUCCAGCACUUUUCUCUGGUUUCUGUGCCCUGCUAGUUGUCCUGUCCUAUCAUCUUAGUCGACAAAGCAGUGAUCCAUCUGUGUUAUUCUCAUUGAUUAAGUCCAAGCUGAUGCCGUCACUUGGACAAGGUGAGGAAGACGAGGAGGAAAUACCUGCUGCAAGCACAGACCCUCUUCCAGAGAAACUCAGAGUCUCAGUGAAAGAGAUUUUACUGUCAGAUCUGGUUGUCUGUAUUCUUGCCUCAGUUUUGACCUUUGCAAUAACAGCCAGCACGGUUUUCCUUUCUUUACGGCCAUUUGUGUCCAUAGUGCUGUAUGCAUUAGCAGCCACUGUGGGCUUUGUCACCCACUAUCUCAUCCCUCAGUUACGGAAACACCAUCCCUGGCUGUGGAUCUCUCAUCCUGUGCUGAAGAGUAAGGAGUACUCACAGUUUGAACCCAGAGAGGAUGCUCACUUGAUGUGGUUUGAGCGUCUCUAUGUGGGGCUGUUGACUUUUGAGAAGUAUAUCGUCUACCCAGCCAUUGUCCUCAGUGCACUUACCAACGAUGGCUUCGCCCUCAGCCAUCGAAAGAAAUUAGGAAUACACUGUGAUGUCUUGUUGAUGACAGUUGCUGGGAUGAAGCUUCUUCGUGCCUCCUUCUGCAAUCCCAGCUACCAGUUCCUCACGCUCAUCUUCACCAUCAUCUUCUUUGAGUUCGACUGCAGCAGUGCCUCUGAGACAUUCCUGCUCAACUUCUUCCUCAUGUCCAUAGUCUUCAACAAGCUUUGGGAUCUUCUCCACAAGCUACACUUCAUUCUGGUGUAUAUCGCCCCCUGGCAGAUAGCAUGGGGUAGUGCAUUUCAUGCAUUUGCACAACCCUUUGCUGUACCUCACUCUGCCAUGCUGCUGCUGCAGACAUUCAUCACGACGCUCUUCUACACACCACUCAGCCCAUUCCUCGGGAGCGCCAUUUUUAUCACCUCUUAUCCGCGGCCUGUAAAAUUCUGGGAGAGGAACUACAACACCAAACGAAUUGACAACUCCAACAGCCGACUGGUGUCUCAGGUAGACAAAGAGACUGGCUGUGAUGACAACAACCUCAACUCAAUCUUCUACGAGUACCUGACACGCUCCUUGCAGCAUUCUUUAUGUGGAGACCUGAUGCUGGGCCGCUGGGGGAAUUACUGUGCUGGAGAUUGCUUCAUCCUGGCUUCUGACUACCUUAAUGCACUUGUUCACCUCAUCGAAGUUGGCAACGGUCUGGUCACCUUCCAGCUACGAGGCCUGGAGUUCAGGGGUACUUACUGUCAGCAGCGGGAGGUGGAGGCCAUCACGGAGGGUGUAGAGGAGGAUGAUUCUUGCUGCUGCUGUGAGCCGGGUCAUUUGCCCCAUGUGCUGUCCUGCAAUGCUGCUUUCAACCUCCGUUGGCUGGCCUGGGAGGUGACCACCACUAAGUAUCUGCUGGAGGGCUACAGCAUCAGCGAGAACAACGCUGCCACCAUGCUGCAAGUUUAUGACUUGCGCAAGCUGCUCAUAACUUACUACCUUAAGAGUAUCAUCUACUACCUGGUGAUCAACCCCAAGCUGCAGAUAUGGGUUAAAGACCAGUCCAUUCAGGAAGCCCUGCAGCCGUACACCAAAUGGCAUCACAUCGAGAAGGACCCGGCUGUGUUCAGCAUGAAGAUUGAUGAGGACUAUGUCCACUGUCUGCAGGGGGUCACCAGAGCCAGCUACUGUAACGUCUACCUGGAGUGGAUCCAAUACUGUGCCAACAAACUAGAGGAGCCAGUGGACAGCGAUGAAGAUUCUCCAUUGGUUACUCUGUGUUUCGCUCUAUCUGUUCUUGGACGAAGGUCUCUCAGCACAGCAGCACAUAACAGAUCCAACAGUCUGGAGUCAUUCCUCUAUGGCUUCAACACGUUGUUCAAAGGUGACUUCCGUAUUGCUGCUAAAGAUGAAUGGGUUUUUGCUGACGUGGACCUGCUACAGACGGUGGUGGCCCCAGCUGUGAGAAUGAGUCUGAAACUUCACCAGGACCACUUCACGAGCCUGGAGGAGACGGAGGAGCCUGCCGUGCUUUACGAGGCCAUAAGCAACUACAGAACCAGUCUAGUAAUAUGUCACGAGAGCGACCCUGCCUGGAGAAGAGCAGUACUAUCCAGUCGAGACACACUGCUCACGCUCCGGCACAUGGUCGAUGAAGGCGCGGAUGAGUACAAGAUCAUCAUGCUCUACAAAAGACAUCUCAGCUUCAAAGUUAUAAAGAUAAAUAAAGAAUGUGUGCGAGGGCUGUGGGCAGGUCAGCAGCAAGAGCUCAUCUUCCUCCGGAACCGCAAUCCUGAGCGUGGAAGCAUCCAGAACUCAAAGCAGGCUCUGCGAAAUAUGAUCAACUCCUCCUGCGACCAGCCCCUGGGUUACCCCAUGUUUGUGUCCCCCCUCACCACCUCGUAUAUGGGAACUCACAAGCAGAUCAGAGACAUAUGGGGCGGCCCUCUCAGUUUGGAGAGCAUUCGCACCUGGCUGCUCUCCAGGUGGUUUCGGGUGAGGAAAGAUAACCUUACAAGCUGUAAUAGUGGCAUGAAUAUGGAGGAUGUGGAUUGUACUGGUUCCUCCUUAAGUCAGAAUCAUAACUCCGCCACAUCCCAGAGCCUAAGCCUUUAUCAUGGCCGCCCUCGCAGCUCCCAGUCCAGACACCACGGAGCUCACCGGGAGUAUCGCAGUCGCUCAGUGCAACCUCAAGGCCAGAGGCCCCCCGUCACCAGUCGAUCAGGUCCCAUCCUGGACAGCCAGCAUGGCUCAGGCACAGGAGUCCCUGGGCUAGUGCAGCGCCUUUCCAACAGCCAGCUAUCCUUCAACACCUCCUCCAUUGCCUCUGUCUUUUCCCAGGUGCCUCGUUUGUCCACAACAGGGCCUCUGGCUUCAGCCGCAGGUCCUCGCUCCAGCCAGGUGUCUUCCUCCAGCUCCACACUGAGCCUGCUUGGCAAGCGGAGCUUCUCCAGCGGCUUGGUCAUCUCAGGCCUCUCUGCAGCUGAGGGGGGAAACACCAGCGAUACGCAGUCCUCAAGCUCCGUCAACAUCGUCCUGGGCCCGUCCUGUCGCUCGAGUCGCGCAACGCAGCAGUGGACAUCAGAGGCGUACGAGAGCAUAGAUGCCACCUCCACCAUUGCCACAGGACCCAAGGUCCACAGCACAGACAAGAGCCAAGACGACUCCACUUCAGCCUUCCACGAGGCUCCGGAGGAGAAGACCAUAUGAGACCACAACCACCAAAUGCCUCAGCCCAGCAUGAUCAAACACAUGAGCCCUCAAGUAAUGUACAUUACAGACGUCUUUUUGUAAAACUAAACAUCUGCCAUGUGUAGAAAUGUAAGUAUCCUAUUAAAGGGAAAAGAACCGCUCUUCUGAGGAACAAAAAAAAAAAAAAGAUGAAAAGUCAAAAAAUGUUUAUGGCUAAAAAUGAUUUAUGAGAGUGGGCAAAAGCUUGUUACUGUCCAUCUCUGAGAUUAAAUGGUGGAAUCUGGUGACUACAAAUAUUUCCAUUUGCACCUUGAGUGCAUGCACUUCAUGAACACCAUCACUCACAGCGGUGACUGUUUUUAUAGAGUGGCAAAAUGAGAAAUGUUUCUCAAGUAAUGUAAGAUCAUGUGACUAAAAGUGUCAAGUAUGGUUGCAUAGUAGUUUUCUUGCACUGCUGUUUUGAAACGUGUUGUGAUCCAGAUGUGUCAUUGAUAUAUAUUAUAAUACAAGCCCUGCAAGGAUUCUGAGGUGGUUACUGAUGCAUUAAAAGCAGUGACAAGAGAAAUGUUAUUUCUGUAAAUCUUGUAAAAACAACAACUAAAAGUUGCCAUGUUCACUCUUUGGCACACGAUGUGUAUGCACUUUCCUCUGAUGUUUUAUCAUUAAUAAGAUGAAUAAUUGGCCAAAAGAAAAUCGUUGUAAAUUGAUCUUUACAUCCCUGAGUAUGGCAAGCACAAUCUAAGAGUUGAAGAGUGUGUACUAUAUUCAUAAAUUCCUCCAAGAACUAAAAGGAUGGAGGAGUUUCAUGGAUCUGGAACUAUAGUUGAUAAAAGCAAAAUGUGCAUUUUUACAAUUUGAAACAUGGGGCUUCCAGUGUAUUUAUUAUGUGACGGGAGUCUGUAUGAUGUGUUGUAAUAUCAGAUAUUUCAUGGCAAGUCUAGCCCUUUAAUAUGAUUUGCAUAUUAUAAUGCUCCCAUAAAUAGGGAGAUCUCAAAAACCUAAAAUACACUCCCAUUAACACAAUUUGAAUAAAAAAAAUGUUGAAAAAUAA